GGAGGCGGGCCCCUGAAAGAUCCCUUAGGGGCCCCCCAGAGGCCCUGUGGGGGCCAAGGCCACUGAGGGAUGCUUGUGUCCCGCGGGGAGACCUUCCUGGUGGGCCUCAAGGCUUUGGGCCUGGUCUGGAUUUCUGACAGCUUCUCAGCUAGGCCAUCUUAGGCCCUCCGUAACUCUUCCUCACGCUCCUGUGAAUCCCCUGCUCAGUUUCUUUUCCAUUUUUACGAGGCCUCUCUCAACAGCGUCUUUCCAAGCCUCCCUCCUCCCCAAUUACAAACCACAUUGAAUUAUCUCUGCUCUCUCCUGUGUGGGCCCUUCCUCUUCUAUUUACCUUGUCUGGGCCCUUCAUUUGCCUCAUAAUUUUCACCUUUCUUCAUCGCCCCCAUGGAUUGAGCCCUUUUUAUGUCCAAGAGCCCCCCUCCUCCCCCAAUAUCCCUCUCUAUGGCUUCUCUUUUCUGCCCCAGGACCCUCCCCUCCUAAAUUACCCUUUUGAAAGCAUUAACCCGUUUACCUGCCUCGCAUCACGAUUUUGGGCUAGUUUACAUGGAAAUGAGCCCCACUGAGUUAAACAGAGGUUAUUCCCAAGGAUAUGUGCACAGAGUUGGUCUCCUGUGCACGUCAGCCCUUUUGUGUGUCCUGUAUUUGCAUGGCACAUCUUUCUUGCUCACCCAUUCACCUUAUACACUUCAUAUUCACCUUUUAUGCCCCUGCCAAGAGUUACCGAGUGCCCCCUCAUUCUGUAUGUCUCCCUGGGUUUUGUGCCCCCAUCUCCCUAUUUCCCUUUAUUUCCUACAUUUCAUCUCUCGCCACCCCAGCCAACUACAAAACUUUCACGAAGUAGCCAUGUUAAACUUUACACCUGGUCCCUGCUUGCCAUCAGCUGAGAUAUUUGCCUUUGAUCAAAUUAGCCUGUGUAUUAUGUGCUUUCAGUCUGCCACUUGGACCUUACAGACAUGUCAAGGUUUCUUUUUCCUAUUUUUUACCAUGACCCUGUUGAACUUAAAUCUUGUUGUUGUUGCCCCCCAUAAAGGGUUCCUGCCUCGGUCCAACGGGCUUAACUUCAUCUCCCAUCCUUUUCCAGCAUUUUUCAGCUUGCUCUGUUCCAUUGCUGCUUGGUUCCUAUUUGGUUCCCUACUGUUUCCCCAGGCUUCGUCAUCCUGGCCUGUCCCUGGACGUGACCUUGAGCUCAGAACUUCCCAGCUUGCCUUGGGCAUCCCAUGGCAAUGUCCUCCCCCCCAGCACCACCGGCUAAAAAGCGGAAGAUGAACUUCUCCGAGCGGGAGGUGGAGAUCAUUGUUGAGGAACUAGAGCGGAGCAAGCACCUGCUCAUCAAUCACUUCAACGCAGGUGUGUCCCUGGCAGCCAAGGCGACUGCCUGGCACAACAUCCUACGCCGCGUGAACGCCGUGGCCACCUGCCACCGGGAGCUGCACGAGGUCAAGAAGAAGUGGUCAGACCUCAAGACGGAAGUGCGCCGUAAGGUGGCCCAGGUCCGAGUAGCGAUGGAAGGUGGCGAUGUCCAUGAUGGCACUGGAGAGGGCCAGGAUGCGGAGGAGCCAACUGGCGCCACCACUGCUCCAGUUAUCCUCACCCCCAUGCAGCAGCGUAUUUGUAAUCUGCUAGGAGAAGCCACCAUUAUAAGCCUGCCUGCUGGAGACUGCACUGCUGCAGACGGGUCUGAACUCCCAAUCACAGCCGCAGCCACAACUGUCACUCUUACCCAGAUUCCCGCAGAGACAACCUACCACAGUCUGGAGGACGGCGUUGUGGAGUACUGCACGUCAGAGACCCCCACCACGGUCACGGCCGAGUCGCCCUUAGAGAUGAUGGCCCAGCAAGCCGAGGUCUCCAUGAAGCCCCAGGAGCUGAAGAGCAGAAUUGCCCUCAACUCAGCCAAGCUCUUGCAGGAGCAGCGGGUGACCAACCUGCACGUGAAGGAGAUCGCCCAUCACCUCGAGCAGCAGAACGACCUGCUGCAGAUGAUCCGCCGCUCUCAGGAGGUGCAAGCGUGCGCGCAGGAGCGGCAGGCCCAGGCCAUGGAAGGGACGCAGGCUGCCCUGAGCGCCCUCAUCCAGAUCCUCCGCCCCAUGAUCAAGGACUUCCGGCGCUUCCUGCAGAGCAACACCCCAGCUCCUCCCGUGGCCGUGGACCCCGGCCAGGCAGCCCAAAACGGACAGCAGGACGGCAUCAUCCAGUGAAGGCAAGCCUUAUCAGAUGGACCUGGUGGAGAGGAACAACACCUCCGUGCCCAUCCUUGCCAGUGCAGGCAAAUGGGUUCAUUGCCUGCCUCUGGAAACUGAAAGGAUCAUCCUGCAUUUUUUAAUAAGAAAUGUUUGCAUGAUUUGUGGACGUGGCCCUUGACUGAGCACACACACAAAAAAGACUCUGCCUUUUUACAGAAGGUUUGGAAAGCAGGUUUUAUAUAAAAGGAGGAAGAAACGUAGCCUUUUUUUAAAACUGCGACGAAUGAUGACUUCGGGGAUUUUACUGCUGAUCGUUCGCGCAAGAGUCUCAGAUCAAUAAAAUGCAGUUCUGGAGAGUCCCUUCUUUAGACCCUGCAGGCUGAUUUAGCUGUCAGUAAGUGCAUUUCUCACAGGCAUUAAAGUCGUAUUGUUCUCCUGGUGCCACAGCUUGGAAAGUACAUUUCAAAAGGUUUGGCUGGAAGACCUCUCUUCAGCCCCUGGGCCACUGGCAUCAAAAGCCUUACCAUGUUCCUUGUUGCCUCCCAUGUUUUUUACCAUAUACGUGCAACGGCUGGCAGAGAUUAGCUGGGGAUUUGGGAUGAGCUGUCAUGAGUAGCCAGACGAUACUCAACUUUGUCUCUCCAACAAGAUCCCGGAAAGCUGCGGUUGAGUGUAACUAACAUAGGUCAGCCAUGAGGGACUGGAUGAGGACAAACAAAGCGAAAUUAAACCCAGACAAAAGGAAGGUUGUGUGGGUCAGAGGUAAAACUUCUCUGGAGAUAGGUGUUCAGUUUCCCCUAAGUGGGACUGUAAAGGCUGCUGUCUGGAGGAGCAAGCUUGUAGUUGGGGUGUGCCCUUGGAUCUGGGUAGUCAGGAGUGCAUUUUUAAAAAGGUUGGUUCGCUAGUUUCAGCCUUUCCUGGAGAAGUCAGACUUGCUCUUGAUCAUAUAUGCCACACAGGUAUACUGUAGCACAUAGGUGUCAAAUUCGCGGCCCUCCAGAUGUUAUGGACUACAGUUCCCAUCAUCCCCUGCCAGCAUCGUGCUUCCAGGGAUGAUGGGAACUGUAGUCCAUAACAUCUGGAGGGCCGCGAGUUUGACACCUGUGCUGUAGCACCUUCAACAAGGGACUGCUUUUGAAGAUAGCUCAGGAGCUUCAACCAGUUCAGAACAUGCAACCAGGCCGUUUAUAUCACUCCCAUCUUGUAUCAAUUAUGUUGCUUCUUGCGUGUUUCUGACCGAUGCUUAAGGGCUUGGGUCUAAGGUAUCGGGUGGACUGCCUCCAGCCCCGCAUACCAGCUUGUGCUUUGCGGUAAGCUGAGCAAGUUUUAUUGCAGGAAGGGCCUGUCAAAGAAAUCUGGUCACAGAGGACCCGCAUGAGGGCUUUUUCAGCAGGAAUUCACUCCCCUUGCUUUGCAGACCGUACAUUCUCCAGAGGGCUCGUAACUUCAGCAGAAAGCUUUUUUAAUUCCAAAUGGCCUUUUUGUAACAAAAUCUGUUUGUUGUACUUGUACAUUUUAAAUAGCUGUGGACUAUUUUAGCUAUUUUAUAUGGCUUUUGUUAUGGUUAUGGUGCCCUGAGUAUUGUUAGAAAUGUGGAAUAUAAAUAUCCAAAUGAAUACAAAACUUCUUUUCUAAACAA